AUGAAACACCGUCAAGAAGAAGACGACUUGUACAGAAAGUUCUCUAAGCACCGCGAAGAAGAGAACAGGAGAAUACGGGAAGAGAUUCAGGAUGAAUGGGAACGUGAACUGGAAAGGCUGACAUCACGCUUCCAGCAAGAGAUGCAGGUGAAGAAGAGGAGGCCCGACUCGGAGAUCGGAGCGCUAACGCUCCGCCACCAACAGGAGAGGGCGGACUUGGAGAAGAACAUGACGCUAAGAAGGGACAAGAAGAAAGAGAGCCUGACGAGAAAGAUGCUGGAACAUGAAAGGGCGGCCACCGCGGCGCUGGUGGAGAAACAAAGCCACGAGAUGAUGGAGCUGAUCCAGGAGCGCCGCUCGGAGUACAUGGCCGCCUCCUCCCUGUUCCUGGACGGGGAAGAGGCGCCGCCCUACCCCGCCCGCGCCCCCGCCCCCCAGCCCCCGCUGGUCUCCAAGUUCCACAUCUACACAGAUCCCGCGGAGUUCACGGAAGUCGACAAAAUCGCUAUAUCGGUGGCUCAAGAAGACCAGAAGACGUUCACGGACCUCGUGCGGCAGCUGGUGGGCCGCUGCGCCAGCGACGUGGAGAAGGCGAGGACGAUAUUCCGCUGGAUCACUGUGAAGAAUCUCAACAACAUACAGUUCGACGACAACCUCAGGGGCGACUCGCCCCUCGGCCUGCUAAGGGGCAUCAAGCACGGCACCGAAAGUUACCACGUUCUCUUCAAGAGAUUAUGCAGCUACGCCGGCCUGCACUGCGUGGUGAUAAAGGGCUACAGCAAGUCCGCCGGCUACCAGCCGGGGGUGCGCUUCGAGGACAACCGCUUCCGCAACUCGUGGAACGCGGUGUACGUGGCGGGCGCGUGGCGCUUCGUGCAGUGCAACUGGGGCGCGAGGCACCUCGUCAACGCGAAGGACGCGCCGCGCCCUGGCAGCCGCGGCAAGCAGGACAGCCUCAGGUACGAGUACGACGACCACUACUUCCUGACGGACCCGCGCGAGUUCAUCUACGAGUUCUUCCCGCUGCAGCCCGACUGGCAGCUGCUCAAGACGCCCAUCACGCUGCACGACUUCGAGGAGCUGCCGUUCGUGCGCUCGCUGUUCUUCCGCUACGGGCUGUACUUCAGCGACCCCAACACCAAGGCGGUCAUGUUCACUGACUCCACGGGUGCGGCGACUAUGCGCAUAGCCAUGCCGGCACACAUGCAGAGCUCGCUUAUCUUCCACUACAACCUGAAAUUCUAUGAUACUGAGGGCGACGGCUUCGACGGAGUCAGCCUAAAGAGAUUCGUCAUGCAGUCCGUUGUGGGCAACGUGGUGUCGUUCCGCGUGCACGCGCCGUGCAGCGGGGCGUUUCUUCUGGACAUAUUCGCGAACGCCGUCACGCCAAGGGAGUACCUCACGGGCGAGCCCAUGAAGUUCAAGAGCGUCUGCAAGUUCAAGAUAUGCUGCGCGGAGCUCCAAACGGUAAUGGUACCUUUACCGGACUGCGCGAGCGGUGAAUGGGGGCCCACAAAAGCCACCAGGCUCUUCGGUCUGGUGCCAAUCACACACCAGGAGGCGCUGGUGUUCGCCGGCCGCGAGCUGGAGCUGCAGUUCCGAAUGUCGCGGCCACUCGCCGACUUCAUGGCCACACUGCACAAGAACGGCGUCGAGGAGAAGAGGCUCGCCAAGUUCGUGCAGCAAGCGGUCGCCGACGACGUCGUCACGUUCUACAUCACCUUCCCCGAAGAAGGUCAAUACGGCCUUGACAUUUACACGCGCGAGAGGGGCAGCGCGUCCACCGUGCAACAAAAUGGCUCCACGGAAAAGGAGAAACACCUCCUGACACACUGCUGCAAGUACCUUAUAAACAGCAGCAAAAGGAAC